UAGUAGUUCACUGAAGCAAAAAGUUUAUGAAUUAAUCUCAUAACACGCAAUCAAGUUGCGGUAGUGGCACCUGCAGCGCUGACAUUAGACCAUUAGACAUAAUAAUUUAAAUUAUUCAAUGGCGUGCGGAUUAAUAUUAAUAUGUGGAUGCACACAAAUGAAACUGACAAUGAAAAUGAAUAUUUUGUUAUGCGGUCUGAUGUACAUGUAAAGUACGAAAUGGAUGAGAAAACAUCAGGGAAAGUGAUAUGGUACACGCCAGUUCCAGCUCAGGUCCUCGACGUGUCCAUGUGUCCAGUAUAGUAUGCAGAGGCUUCGGCUUCUUCAUGGAUAUAUAAUCGCGUAACUGAGCUAGGACGGACAUUCGUUUGCGAGCGUUACAGCCAAUCAUACGAGGCAUUAUGAAAUCAUCGAUGUAUAUUGUUUUGAUCAUUUUAUUCGAGUUUGCGAGGUCGGAAAAAAAUGAGGUUUAUCAGAACAAUCAAAUAUUACGGAGGGAAAGUGUUCUGAACGACAAAUAUCUUCUGAACGAAGCUAACGAUUUUAGUUCAAAUAAAGGCGGAGACAUUCGAGUCCAAGCCACCAUCAGUGUAUAUGAUAUGUUGCCAAAGCAAUCCUCAAGAAACGGAUGGACGCCGAUGGUUACAUCAAGAAAAGAUGAUUCAAUUGAAGACACGGAAUUAAUAGACAAUGCUGCCGAACAACAUGAAAAUAAUAACGAUAGCGUUCCGGAAAUACCUCCACCGCCGGAGCCCUAUAUGAUGGAAAUGUACCAAAAUGAACCACCGCAAAUGACCGCCAUCGAGAGUCGACUACACCGUCAAAUCGCGAAGAUGCAAACAAAGGUAAAACACCACCACCAUCAUCAUCACCACAAUCACAUCAAAACAGUUUACAAAAAAAUUCCAGUCGAAGUGCCGGUGGAAAAAAUUGUUGAGAAAAUAGUUGAACGAAAAGUGCCUUACCCCGUCAUCCGAAGAAUUCCAUACAAAGUUGAAGUCAAAACGCCACAACCUUAUCCCUGUCGCGUAGUUGAAAAAGAAUACGUUCAUGUGCCUAAGCCUUAUCCAGUAUACAAGCAUAUACCAGUUGAAGUGAAAGUGCCCGAGCCUUAUCCAGUCGAAAAAAGAGUUCCGUACCCGGUUGAAGUCAAAGUUCCUUAUCCGGUGGAGAAGAAAGUUCCAGUCGCCGUGCCUGUACCAUACAAAGUAGAAGUCGAAAAGAAAGUACCAGUGCCCAUUAAAAUAUAUGUGCCACAACCGUAUCCAGUAGAAAAAAAGGUGCCGGUUCCCGUUCAAAUUAAAGUUAAGGAACCAUAUCCUGUUAUUAAACAUGUACCCUACCCAGUGAAAAUACCUUUUGUGCGUCCACAAUAUGAAAAACCUAGAUAUUCACAAUUCAAUAACAUACCAUAUCCUGGACCUCCAUAUGAGAGAAGAAAUAAUUAUCCAAUUUAUUUUCAACAAUACCAAUCUUUACCAGUUAAUAGAGAAUCAGAAGGCAUAGCUCGUUGGCAGGAUAACAAUGAAAGUGACUUGCAAAGUGAUAACAAUGCUAAUCUGGAAGAAGCUUCAUCAACCGCAUAUGAAAUGAGAGCACCAAUUCCAAUUUCAUUCUUUAUACCACAUGAACCUCCAGUUUCACAACUGUAGAAGUAAAUGCUCAGUGUAUUGUAGGCUUAAUUAAAUUGUACAAAAUACUUCUAUUUAUUGACAUACUACACAUGCAGUGAUUGCGAGAAGCUUCAGGCUAUGAGAAAUUAUUUCUGAAGUCCACAAUUCAUAACAUGAAGUUAACUCAUGCAUGUAAACUUAUAUAUUUUAUUAGCAUAAUAGUUAUUGAUUGGAAUAUGUGUAAUACCAUU